AUGCGGAUCCGCAAAGCCUCUAAGCAAAGCUUCCCUUCACUCCCAGCGCAACAANAGUCAGUCAGUCAGUCAGCCAGUGAUCCAAUUGCUCUGUAUAAUGACUCCUUUCAUUUAUUUCAUUUACCUGUAGGUUCUUUGAACUGUAAACAGCAGUCACUGUUAUGGCAUAAUUACUACAGAAACAUUCAUCAGGUUGGCAAUGUAACAUGGUCAAGUAAGCUGUUUAAAAAAGCCAGGACAUGGGCGGUUUAUUUGGCCAAUAACAAUCUAUUUAUCCACGAAAAAGAUGAUCCUGGAAAUCUUUUCCUGUCUGCAGGAAAACCUAAAGAACCAUGCGCCAGGGCUGUCCAGCUAUUUUACACUGAGGAGAAAAACUACGAUUACAAGACGCCGGAGGUCUUUAAUGGUGCCGGGCACUUCACUCAGGUUGUUUGGAAAAACACGAAGGAAAUUGGCGCAUUCAGCAAAGAAAGAAACGACGGUAAAACUGUCGUGGUGGUCAAAUAUUCUCCCCCUGGAAACGUCCAGGGUUAUUUCGCUAAAAACGUCUUCCCUCCGAGAAAGCCGACAACAGUGACAAGACCUACGAUUACAAAAACUGAUAACUCGACGGUCACUACCCUUACUUCACCGGGACCGAAACCAGACGUUAGAGCAGGUGCCAUGAGUGUAAAAGGCAGGAGAGGGAUACAUUUUGUUAUGCAGUUCGGACUCUUAGGUUUUUUGAUUAUUAAGACACUUUACGUGGAUUGAAACGUGAAAUAACAUUCCAAGUUUUAGCAAGCGGAAGGUUCUAACCUUGUGAGAAAAAAGCUUUGAUAUUCAACUCGUAACAAUUCUAAACUGAUGAUGACUCUACUGUCUCUAAUUAACUAAUUGUUGCUCAGCUUUGAAUAAAUAGCAGUAUUUAGAGAAGAAGCCACAUCAGCCCCAGCUGGUUUUCACGCGGAUC